UUUAACCUAUUUCUGUGCAGAUGUAUUUCUGAACAAAUAUUACCCUAUUGUGUCAAAAAAUUAACCAGUUUAUGUACAGUUUGGAGCUUCUGUAACAUUUUGAUUACUACAUGGCUCAGAAGAAACCUUGGAGGAAAAUUUUAUAUGAAAAUCAACCCUACCCAGACAACUACACAGACGAAAGUUUUCUUCGGGAUCUCAGGACUAAUAUUAAACCUGUAUCCUUACAAGAAGCCCUCUGGGGAGCCACUUUACUUUUAGAAGAAUUUUGCACAGUAAUUGCAUUUGUACUAGUUUAUGUAUAUUUAUUUAAUGAGUGGAUUAAUCCUGAUUCAAUUUUCACUUGUUCAUCCAUACUGACUGUGAUUGGUUUUAUUUUGUACAGAUUUAUUUAUACCGGAGAUGUGCAUAUUCAGUUUGGGCACGACCUACGAACACUAUUAAUUUUUAUGGUGUUCGGCCACUUGUUUUCACCAGUGUUACAUACAUUAACGGACACAAUAAGCACUGACACAAUUUAUACAAUGACUUUCUUUAUGAUGGUUGUACAUUUAAUAUUUUUUGAUUACGGUGUUAGUGCUGCUAUAGUGUCCAAUAGUUUGUCUCUUAGUGCGGCAAUUUUUGCCUCAAUUUGUUUAGCGUCACGAUUGGCCUCAGCAUAUCAUGCUUUUAUUUUGAUUACUGUUGCCAUUGAGCUUUUUGUAUUGUUUCCCUUAUUCCGAAACAAAAUUAAUAAAAAGUCACUUUAUGUUAUAGGGCUUCUGUUUGUCUUUGAUGUAUUUUUUUUAGUACAAAGUUCAAGUUUGUUCACGUUGCUUUUUAUUUUAACAGCGCUUUUUAUAAAUGUGGGGUGUCCAGUAAUGUUUGUACGGUAUCAGAAAUACAAAUCAAAUAUAUAUGGACCAUGGGAUGAGGCGAUUGUCGAUGAUGCUGAUGAUGUAGUGAAUGGACUAGUAAAUGAUGAUGUGUCGGCUGACUCUAGCUGAAGUUAAAUUUGUUUCUGUUAUGUUAAUACACAAAGUUUGUAAUUUUUGUAAUAACUGUAAACAAUAGGAAAUAAAAAAUGUUUUGAAUU